GAUGGAGGAGGCGUCGGUGGGGGGUUGGGUGGAGAGGGAAAGGGAGGGGCAAGGGGAUGUGGAACGCGCGCCGGAUUUUAAUAGAUAUAUUCAUACCAGGACGCUGUCCGAACAGGAUAUUGGAUUAGGUGACCCAGAUCGCCGUGUUAUACUGGUAGGAGAUCUCCACGGCAUGAACGAGUCCUUACACGACCUCCUCACCUCCCUUUCCUACAAUCCCUCCGCAGACACCCUCAUCCACGUCGGCGACCUGGUGCAGAAAGGCCCCAUGUCCGGAUCCGUUGCCCUCCUCGACUUUCUCGCCUCCAAGCGCAUCUACGGCGUCCGCGGGAACCACGACCAGCCCGUCGUCCAAUGGCGCUUGUGGUUCAAUUGGAUCGAGGCGCAGAAGGGCGGGAAGGAGUGGUUGCGGGAUAUUGAGCGGAAGCACCGGCGGGGAGAGCUCAAUGCUGAGGAGAAGAGGGCGAUGAAGAAGCGCAAGGGGAAGUGGUGGAGCAAGGUGCCGAAGGGUUGGAAGAUGUUUGGCGUGCAUUACAGGAUUGCGAGGGAGAUAUCAGACGAGCACUAUGAUUACUUGGUGUCCUUGCCGCUCGUCCUGCAUAUCCCAUCGCAGCAUAUGUAUGUGGUGCAUGGGGGACUGCUGCCGUAUAACCCCAAACGUCCCAUGGACCACCCGAAGCAGCCUCUGGCUCACCUGCCUUCGCUGACUUCCCGCCAUGUGGGGAGCGUAAAUAUGGACGAGGAGGAGAUGCGGGUGGCUCAGGAAGUCGAGCUGCUGACGAAGGUACCGCAGAAUACGGAUCCGUGGGUGGUCAUGAACGUCCGGAGUGUUACGGAUUCUGGCAAGAUCACAAGGAAAUCAAAGAAGGGCACGCCGUGGACGAAGCUGUGGAACAAGACCGUGAAGAAAUGUGCUGGCUUUGACGUCACUGCGCGCAAGGGAAAGAAGAGAGACGAGCUGCCUUGUAUGCCAUCGACAGUUGUGUACGGACACACUGCUUCCCGUGGGUUGGAUGUGCAUAGGUGGAGCGUUGGCCUUGACAGCGGAUGCGCUCAUGGACGGCGACUCACGGCGCUGGUGCUGUCGGGCGCGGAGUUGGCAUCAUCUUUGCAAGCCAGCAGUCUGGCUGUCGACGGCAACCUCACGAGCGAUGCUCUUGCCGUUCAGGGUGAUGACUAUCCGAUACAGCAUCUAGAAGACGACGAAGACGACGAGCAGGACAACCGGGACGAGGAUGACGACGACGAUCCUGACUGGGACGAUGAAGAGGAAAACGGCAAGAAGCCGAAGGACGCGACUAAGAUCCCGUUCGGAGACGAUGGGAUUGGGAGGCUUUACAGCGUCAAGUGUCAUACGAAGUGAUUGGUACAGGGUAAUGGAUCCUGGUUUGGGUUCUUGGAAUUUGGAUCAUGUAUUUGU